AUGCAAAUCAUGAUGGAGAAGCGUAGACGAAGAAGAGAAUCUCAUAACGCAGUUGAAAGAAGGCGGCGAGAUAAUAUCAAUGAUCGAAUUCAGGAACUAUGUAGUUUAUUACCUGAGAAUGCAUUAGAAAAUGCCACUUUAGGGCCUAAUAAUAAGCCAAAUAAGGGUAUUAUCCUAAAGAAAUCAGUUGAACAUAUGCGUCAAUUACAACAACAGGUGCAGGACUACCAUCAAAAAAUACAAGAUUUGGAGAAAACCUUAAACGAACUGUGUCUACACCAAGACAGACUUUAA